AUGGGAGACUCCUCUUCCCCCAAUGAGGUGCAAGCCUCUCACCACACUCAAUACCGCCUGCGCGUCACCGCCGGCCCCUCCUACGAUGCCGCCACCCACAAAACCGUGCCCGUCAACAGCUCCGAAACCCUCACGUUCGAAACCUCCUCCAUAAUCCUCUCCGUAUGUGUCCGCAUUCGCCAUUUCACGGGCUUCCCGCCCUCCUCCCCGGUCACGGCCGAGAAGUACUUUUCCUCGGAUCUCCACAAGUACGACCAAUACAGCAUAUCUUUCAGUUUCGUGCCCAAGCAGGACAUCCCCGGCGAAGAGCUGGUGUUUGGGAAUGAUUUUGACAGGCCCAUACGAGAUAGACUGCCGCCGGGGUUCAACCAAGCGUUCAGGAUUGUGAAGUGGUGGAUUGACCCGGGACUAGACGGGGAUGUUUACGCGGAUAGGCCGUAUUUGUACGGCCCGGCCCUGAGUAGUUUCAACAUCUUGCGGAUAUGUGACGAGGUCAUUCCAAAGGACCAGUUACCAUCUCCGCCCCCCUCAUCUGAUGCCGAGAACAAGGAAGAUGAUGAGAAGAAAGCCGACGGAGAUGAAACCCACGCAUGGAAGAUCCCCGCGGAACACACCCAGGAUUUCCACUCCGCCAUCGUCGAAGAAGGCGGCGAGGGCACAGGCCUCGCUGUCCGCUCCGAAGCCAACAUCCCCUCCGACAGCCCCGCGCGCCAAAAACACUUCCUCAACCGCACAAAUCUGUCAUCUUUCACCUUCGAGCGCGGCCGCCUCUACCAAUCCGAUUUCGGGAACCCGUACCUGGACUUCAACGACUUCUCGCUCAAGUUGCCAGGCUUCUCGCUCAACGUGAUCCAGUACGUCGACUCCAAGACGCACGAACUGCGGUACACACUGAAGAACAAGCGGAGCGGCGAAGUGUAUGGCGUCGUGGUUUUUACGUUGCUGUUUGGGGAUGAGUUAAGGGAGGCGUCGAGGGAGUAUGGGUCGGACAAUAAAAAGGGCGCCGCCGGCGUUGAGGGGAAAGAAGAAGAGCCCCCCAAAGAGAGCGAAAACAUACCGGAUGAUGAGGAUGAUAUUGAUUGA